AUGAUAAGUGUCAAGCUGCUGGGUGGCGCUGGUGUGCCAAUGGAAACUCUCCUCUCGUCUGGCUACAACGCCUCGACUCCCUGUUCAGCCGACAGUCACAGUAGCUGCUCUACACCGUUCCUUUCAGACAGUCGGUAUCAGUGGAGCAACAAAAGCUUUUCACGUUACUUGCAAUUCCCCAUCCUUCCCUGGUUUUGUUUUCUUGCCCUAUUUGUCCCAGUCAUGGCGGCGAGUGCGAAAAGAAAGCAGGAGGAGAAACACCUGAAGAUGCUGAGAGAAAUGACGAGUUUGCCUCCCAACAGAAAGUGCUUUGACUGCGAUCAGCGCGGCCCAACCUAUGCCAACAUGACGGUGGGGUCUUUCGUCUGCACCUCCUGCUCUGGCAUUCUGUAGGUACAAAUGUGAUUGAACGAGUGACCUUUUCAUUCCGCGUUGACAGGCCGCACUCAUGAUGCUAACUAGCUAGUUACUAGAUAGCUAACCGUUAGCUAGGUAGCUAGCUAUUCACCCCCCCCCCCCCCCCCCCCCCCGUCGUCUCUUUCCAUUUCGAUAUGAAAUUGUCUUGUGGGUUGGGUGUCUGCUGUGCUAGCUAUAUGUAAUUUAGCUAGAUUGAGCCAGAGUAACGCGAUAUAUCUAUUACAAUAAUAGGAUAGUUCGCUAACUAACCAGAUACAGCUAGCAUCUCUUAGGCUAGUAAGCUCGCUGGUGGCUAACUAGCUAGCCACAUAACGGCUAUUUACCGGUAGCUAGCUAACGUUAGCUGGCUCCAAUCAGUUAAACAGGUUACAGUAGUUAGCGAACUAACUGGAUGUGAAAGUGUUUAGGCGAGAAGUCAUACUGUGAUAUGUGUGUUUUGCAAUAGAUAAGUAUAGUUAAGAAACGUGUCACCUGCUUUCGUUUUCACACUGCAACCUGGACUGAGGGGUAGACGUAACAUAGUAAACGAAAAUCCGGGACACUCAAAAGAGUAUGAUAUGUUACUUUUGGUAUGCAGGUCUCUACGUUGACCUUUUUUUACAAGGAGUUAAAAAAUUUUGGUACAUAUAAUUAAAAAUAUUUGAGGGAAUAAAGCAAGAAUCCUUAAUUUAUUAGAUUUGAACACGCAACCUUUGGGUUGCUAGAUGUUCACUGGUAUGAUGCCAAAGUGCAUCAUGCCGGCUGUAUUUCUGUAUUUUGUAAGUUAUAUAUCUUAAACUUGAUUGCUGACAUGCAAAACAUUUUGCGACUAUAUCAACAAUGGACUAAUGAAACAAACACCAAAGGAUAGCUUUUGGGUGGUGUUUUUCUUAAGUAACCUUCUGUCUUAUGUAACCAUAACAAACAUAACACAUACUAAUAUGACUGUUCCGGAUUUUGGUAUACUAUGUUACGUGUAGUCUAUGAGACCAGCCUGCACACUAGCUAGCCAACUUUUUAGUCGACCACCCAGCUUCUUAUAGUUGACCACCCAGCUAGCUAUCGAGCCAGGCAAAGUUGACUACAUUAAAACAAGUGUCAUCAUCUAGGUAGGCAUUUGACUAUUUAACAUUCCCAUUGAAACCUAUUUUCUGUCUCACUAUUUAGUUAACAGUAUUUAUGUGAUGCAAGGUUGAUGCUGUACCUCUGGCUUGUACUGUUGUGUAACCAAGCAUCUGUAUAGCUUGGGAUUUGAGGAUUAGUGGGACUGAAGCUGUGUUUUUCUCCUCCCUACUACCACCAAAAUAAUGCAAUGUCCCAUUAUAUGUCAAAUAUUGUUGAGUAAAUGUAUUUAAAAGUAACACCACACAGGCAAAGAAAAAAACAACAAGAGAAUUUGAUGAUUUUAUGUGCCACUCAGCUAUUUAAUGUCAACGUGACCUUGUUUGUUCAGGAUCUGACAAUGUCUGGUGGUUGCAUGCAUGGUAAAGAAAAACCUGUUACAUACCUCAAACAGAGGACAUCACUGGUGUACUUAUUGUUCACCAUUUCCUGGUUUGCAGCUAGGUUGAAGAACAUUAGGUGUCUUCAACAGCAGCAAGCUUGUUUGUUUUUUCACCAUUGAAAGAAUUCCUGCUGACGUGUAAAUGAGAUGAAAAUGAAAAUUACCCCUCCUUGGUUUGCUAGCCUAUAAUAUUCUGCAGUAGAUCUAUAUGAUGUCAUGAUGCUAAUAUUUUCAUAAUCACUUGCAGAGCAUCUUUCCUCUCAGGUCUUUGGGGGGAUUUCAGUUUUUACUCUUGCUUACACAGUUAGGCUUAAAACCACCCAUGUUGUGCUAGUCAGUACAUUUGCAGAUUCUUCUCUAGCAUCAUAGUUUGUGUAUGAGGUUUGCUGUAGCCUUCUGCUGAACUCAAUCGCACCCAGUUUGCAUAGGCUAUACUGCAGAGCUAGGCUAUCAACCUUUAUCUCUCUCUGUCUGGAGGUUCUUGACACAAGUUCCUGAGCACCAGCCUCGCCCUUAGGACACAAGCGCACCACUGUUUGCCGUGCCCUUUGUGGAGACACUUGUCUAACCUUGUUCAGAAAGAAACGCAACCACAUUGGCCGUUAAUUCAAUAAGGUGUUCAUUGUAAUGUCCUGAUUACUUAAUCAAUGCUGCCUAGUGAGACGCCAGUCGCCGGGCUUCGCUUUCCUUCCUCAAUGCCUCACUGAGGUCAACCUGUCAUGGUCCAUUAGCGGAUAAUGGUUAGCUUAAUAAUGGCAGAAAAGGGGAAGUGUGUGUCCCUCCCUGACUCUCUAUUAAGUCCUUAAUAGCUCCAUUAAGAGGUAGGGGAACUGAGACUGACUUAUAUAAUAAAUGUACACAUAUAUGUUAUUCAAUCAUUUCAUCUAAAUUGCUUGCGCACGUCAACAACCAUUUGCGUAGCCAGGCGCAAAAAAUAUAACUUGGUUCUAUUUUUGACGCUUGACACACUGCAAGUCCAGCCUCUCCCAUCUCCUGAUUAGGUUUUAGGAGCAUAUACCCACGUGGGUGAACGAAAGCUGAACUGAGGUCCACACUCCAGUCCAGUUGGUGGUAGUAAUGCACCUUAAAGUUGGUUGCCAACCGCCAUAUAAAGUCCAUAGAAGAAGACUACUACUACUACUACUACUACUACUACUACUACUACUGAAGGAGGAGAGAUUACUAGAAACUAACAAUCAAUCAGUGAAUUAAUUGUCAAAGUAGAGAACACACAAUUUUAUGUGACUCAAAAUGGGUAAAAAUUCUACAAAGAUCCAGAAAAAAGGACCUUGUGCAUUUCAGGUAAAAUAACAACCCAAUGUUUAUAUCCCAGGACAAAUUAGCUAGCAACAGCAAGCUAGCUAGCUAAAUGUCCAUGACUGUUUCAUGUGUUUCGACCUGUCCGCAAAUUAAUAUAGUUGGUUCAGAGUUCGUUUUGAUAUUUCAACCUACGCGUCAGGAUCACGUCUGGUGUGGAUGGACAAAAUCAACAUGCGUGCUAUGGCGCACACGUGCCCGGUGUAGUCAGCAUGUUAGCUGCUUCCCAAUCUGGUUUUAAGAUGCACCUGUCUCCGUGUUGGGUUUGCCACGUCAGAAUUGUUCUCCUGCACCCCAAUGUUGGACAGUAGCCCCUUUCUCUUAUUACACACACUGGAUCGGUUUUAGGUAUGUACUUGCAUCAUUAGGUCUAGCCUAAGUGGUACUAUCUGGGUGGACUGUGUUUAUAAUGUCUUUGUUCUGGCAGCUAAGGUGUGUGUGUGCACUGGCGCGCACUUCAACUGAGAACACUGUGUGAGAAUCAUUGUCUCUCUAAUGGUUCUGCAGGGAUUCCACUGUGAAUUUCCCAGUGGUGCUGUGUGAUGGGGGAUAAUUGAGUUAUUUUCUAAGCACAGACACACAGGCUCUUCUGAAGAGUUUCACACUGUCUCUCAGACAAGCUGUGUAAUGUGAAAAAGAACCCAAGAUGGUAGCCAAAACUGUAAAGUGUAUGCUACCUAGUCUUACCUACCAAACAUAGCCCUAUAGGCUAGCCAUAUCAGGUAGGUUAUUAAUGUCUUGUCUAGCUAGUGGUCUAUACCUUGUUCCAAUGUAAUAACACAAUAGCUAGGUUGUCCUUCUUUAGUACUAGCAGGAUUGGAUUUGGUUUCACAGCAAAACAAUGAACUCACUCAUCUGACCUAUCCUCCUUUCUGCUGAUCAGGAUAUCCAUUUUACUUAUGCGGUUGAUCUGAGUCUUGUGCAAAUCUUUCUUGGCAGGACUGAGCGGUUCUAGUGUGGGGAAGUGGUGGCAUGGCCCAUUGGCCAUGUUUCGCAACAGCAGCAUGCAGGGUGGAUAAACAGGAAGUGGAGAAGUGCAGGAAGUUGCAUAUUGACUUCUUCUCUCACUUUGGUUCCCAGAAAGGGUAGAGGAGGUUAGCGGCGACUGAGAGACAUCAAAUUACUGUACGCGGGACAAUUUCCCAGACCCAGAUUAGUAUUUUUCCUGGAAAACACUUUCAGUGGGGACUCUGCAUGAGCAUGCUUUUUAGUCCAGGAGUAGGCUUAAUCUGGGUCUGGGAAACUUGCCCAUUGUGUUCUUUGAAACCCUUUUGUGUUGUAUGGUUGGAGCUUCCUGACAUAGGCUAAUGAUAGUGUUACAAGCUACUGGUGUAGGCCUAUAAUUUAAGGAUAUGUGUGUUUGUAUUUUUGAUAGGAUAGCGCUUAGUGCUGCUGGCAUGUCUAUCCUUCCCACACCCUGAUGGAUGGACCUCAGAAGAGGAUGAAGAGAAGCUGAAGGAAUGUGAGGGAAAUGUGACCAGUUCCACACCCAUCCUCCUCCUGUGCUCUGUCUCUUGUUAACCACAGGCACUUACUUUGUUGACCAGCCUUCCCUUCUACAGGAACCUACCUUAAAGACCCUCUGAGUCAAAGGUCAACUUCAACCUGUAACACAACACUAUUUCAACGCACAUUCAUAGGACUCUGCUGCUUGAUUGUGGCUGUCUUUCCUUCUGUUGAUCCUAAUGCCUUUUGAUUUAACUUGAGAUUAAUAGUUGGUUUUUGGUCUCUUCUCGUCAUCGAUUUGAGUAGUUAACUAGGCCAGUUAGUUAGGCUAACUCAUUUGAGUUGUUAACUAGGCCAAUUAGACUAACUGAUUUGAGUAGUUAACUACGCCAGAUAGGCUAACUCCGUUUAGUAGUUAACUAGGCCAGUUAGUAACUGAUUUGAGUAGGCUAACUGCUUGCCUACUUGUCAGGGGGGUCAGAGCCCGGGCACUUCUCGGCCCCUCUCCUCCCCGCCUGUGGCUUGUUUAAUGGGUGGGGUUGAAAUCUACUGUGUUAACACAUUCCAUAUGAAGGUGGAGAGGCUUUUCCCACUAGGAAUACAAUGUUUGUUGUAGAGGUUUCCUUACAGUAGGAAGUUACUAUUGGCCAUAGUUCAGGAACCAUAGUUAUUUUCUGACCACGUCAGGAUCUGGGUUCAGCACUAACAGUCCCUUUCUCUCAUCCUGGAGGAGUCAGUAUGCUAACGAUAGGCACCCCCCUGCUGGGUGUUUCAGCUCUCUCUACACAUACUGUGUGUGUUUGUCAGAGACGGAGAGAGACACAAAAUAGUGUGAAAGUUGACUUUAACAAUACCACUGUGUAUGCAAAUCAACUGUGUUUCACUCUAACCCCACACACACUCGCAGAGCGAUUUAAAAAGUGUCAGAAUUGUUCCAAUUGUGAUGUGAUGCCAUCCUAUUUCAGAGCUGGAGGGGUUUGGAACUCUCUCCCAGUAUCUGACCUACUUUCCUCCUCAUGAGGCUGUGAACUGAUCAUUCACAUGCCCCAGGCUCUACACACACACACACACACACACACACACACACACACACACACACACACAGUGAGAGAGUCACACACACACAAACACUCACUUCACCCUCAUGGUUGGCUAACUGGCCAGUCUGAGUAGAGAGAGAAGGUUGAGAAGUCAAAUGUUCCCCACACUAGUAGUCACAACUACACUGUCGGGUGUGCUGUACUUUGUGCCAGCAUGAACACGGUCGGAAUGAUCUGACGGGCUGAAUCAAAUCCAUUUAUUGGUCUGGGUCAUUGGUGCACUGCACACCGGAAAACAAGCAUUUCUCAAGUUCAGCUACUCCCUCCCCGUUUGGUCCGGUAACUUUCGCUUGGUGUCUGGUGAAUAAGACCUGAUCUGUGUGUGACAUAGAUUGACUGUAAUCUCAGUGUGAGACUUUGAUGUGUCAGUCACUCUAUUUGUGACAGAAAGUGUAUACACCCUGAAGCCGAAUAAUAGAUCUGAAUACACCUUACCAUUGAUGCAGCUGCAAUGCUAAAUUAUUACUUGGCUCUAGUCGAAUGCUAGUCUAAUACUAAUUGUAGACAACUACCCCUGUUUCCUACUCUGUCAUUGUUGUCUGCCAAUAGGUCAGUAAUUGAACCCAAUACACAGACCAGGGGUGUGACACCCUAUUUCCAAUCUAGUGUCACACAUUUUGACCAGGGCUCUCUGAAUGCGGCUCCAGUCAGUCAGUUGAUUGAGUGGUGGUGUAUAGAACUGAAGAUGGAAGGAAAUGGAUGGGCGGUUCAUAGAAAUACAAUGAGGUGAUCUACCAUUUGGGUGGGACUCGUCCUUAAUUUCAACAGAGGGCUAAAGGCAAGAGCAAUUAAUAAUUGAAGAACAGCCCUGGUCUUACACAGCACAGCAUCGCUCUCUCCCUCCCAGUUCUCUACAGCUUUUAUAUCUUUCUUAGGUCUCCAGGGAGAAUGUUUAGGCAAAGUGUGUGUGAGGACCACCAUUCGCAGAUCUUUUUUUAAAACAUUAAAUAUCUUGGCAUUCACAUGUUGUGAAUGUAAACAGGCCUAUUACUAUUAUUAUUAUUAUUAUUAUUAUAAACAAUGUGCAUUGUGAAAAGUAAUGUAAAAUUGUGUAUUAUACCAUUUAAUUCUGCCAACUGUUAUUAUUCUUAGAAGAAAAAUAAAAUAUAAAAACAAAACAUUACAAAAAAUUGCAGACCAGCUACAGUACCCCGGACCACAGGAUGAAAACCACUGGUCUAGAGCAAAUGUUAACAAGACCAAUCUCAUUAAGAAGUGCUGAGGCUCAGGUGACCUGAGUAACACAGGGUACAGUUUCACCUGUUCCUCAGCAGACUUCUUUUCUCCUCUCUUGAAAUGGCACGCACACAAGCACACAGGUGCAGAGCCGUGCACAGGAAAUGGAGGCAGGAAAGCAGCCUCCCUGAUGGCUCACUAACACAUCACAAGGGAACUCGAACACAUACUCUAAAAGCCCACACACUUUCAUCAAACACACACACACACAUAUACACCUAGGCUAAUGCUAACUCCCUUCAAGUGUAGCGGAGCUAGGUCACUCAACGAGCAUUGCAUUAUAAGUAACCUCGCAUGAGACUGAAAGACUAGUGUUGACUCUUAGAUCUAGGCCUACCAUUUAGGAUUAAGCUCAGUGAGCUAACACAGUCUUAUGUCUUGUGUGUCGUGACGGCAACCCGGGGUUCAGUAACCGUGUUGUUAGGCUAUACAAGGGUAGAAUUUAUCUCACUCUCUCUCUCGCUCCCUCGUGCUCCUUCACUCUCUCUCUCGCGCUCCCCCCGUGUUGUUAGGCUACACAAGGGAAGAAUUGCUCUCUCUCCGUCUCUCGCUCCCCCUCCUCUCUAGUGAUGUGUCUCUGUUCUGUCCUUGUCCCAGAUUCUACAGUAAUAAGCCCAGCAGAACUCAGCACGUUCCUAAUGAAUGUUUCCAGUCUGAGGAGGAGUCAGUACAGGGAUCUGGAUCUUAUCAUCCCAUCUAAUGGGAGGGCUCUUCAUGUGUGAUGCUUUACAAUUGAAUUAACCCCCUUCCCUCUUUCUCUCCCUCCUCCCCCUCUCUCGGCCAGAGGCGGGUCGUACUCCUCCCCCCAGGGGGGGGGAGGCCUACGCCUGCCCAUCUUCCCGCUUUAAUAGUAUCCUCCCCGCUCUCCUAUCUGCUCUCUUAAUAUCUCUCCUCUCCGCCCCAGGCGCUUUCAAGCGCCUCGCCACCCCGCCCCAUCCGCCUCGGUCACGCUCCUCCCCCCCCACCCCGCGUCAUCUCGCCUCCCCCGCCCCUCUCCCCCGUGCGUCCUCCUCUCCGCCCCUCGCCCAUCUCCCGUCCCUCCCCCCCGGAGGCAAGGAGCCGGGCCUCUACCUCAUCUCAUCGCUCCCUCGCGCUCUCCCACUCUCCCCUCUGUUCCGCUCAUCACCUCACUCUCCUCUCCUCCCCUCCCCCAUCUUCCUCUUCUUUCAUCUCUCCUCUCCUCCCCUCUCCCAUCUUCCUCUUCUUUCAUCUCUCCUCUCCUCCCCUCUCCCAUCUUCCCUUCUCUCUCUUCCUCCUUCCACUCCUCUUCUUCAUCUCCUCUCCUCCCCUCUCCCAUCUUCCUCUUCUUUCAUCUCUCCUCUCCUCCCCUCUCCCAUCUUCCUCUUCUUUCAUCUCUCCUCCCCUCUCUUCCUCUUCUUCAUUCUCCUCCCCUCUCCCAUCUUCCCCCCCAUUCCCUUCUCUCCUGUCCUCAGGCGAGGGCUGAACCCACCCCACAGAGUGAAGUCCAUCUCCAUGACAACCUUCACGCAACAGGAAAUCGAGUUCCUCCAGAAACACGGCAAUGAGGUAGGUCGGACUGUUGUCAACAUGGCUGAUGUCUGCCUGGGUCAUAUUCACUAGGAACCAAAGGGAAGCGAACAAGCCGAAAUAAAACACUGGUUUUUGUUUUCUGUUAUCACUGUCCAGCUCUUCCUGUUCUUAGCACCCUGAUGGAGAAUAGAAUGCAGAAACACAUAGGUUUAUAAUGAUAAAGAAGUUGUUUUUCUAGCCUGGUCCCAGAUCUGUUUAUGCUCUCUUGCUGACUUCUAUGCUGAUUGUGAUGGCCAGACACACAAACAGAUCUGGGACCAGGCUAGUAGCCUAUUCAACUUCCAUUGUCCUCCAAGCUAGGCCACCUUUCGUAUGUCCACCUUUUAAUCUAAUCACACCAGUCUAAGGAGCGCUGGCUGGCUGACUCCUUGCCCUCAAAGCCCUGAGAUUUAUUCUAACCCCAGAACAUGGAAUUCCAUCCUUUGUGUUCCAGAAUCCUAUAUGGCCGGCCUCACCCUAUCCCUCUUUUGGUUUUGGGUGACAUUCAACUGAUAUUUCCCUUAGUCCUGUAAAGUGGGAUUUGUGUGUUUGCUGAGAACAGCGUGGUGGCAUGCCGACCGGGUAGCGACGGCACAACAGACACAGAGCAGCUCUUUCAGGAGAUGGUGCUCUGAUGCUCUCUCAUGCGUUCCACACGUCUGGUUAUUUAUUUAGUUGGCCCUGACACCCCCCCCCCCCCCCCCCACACACACACACACACACACUUUAAUCUGCCAAGGAUUCCAAAUUGGAGUAAUGCGCUUCUGUUAGAUGAUAUGGGUGGUAGUGGUACAAAAUUGAACCUGUGCUUGUCCUUGAUGCUGUUCUGCAGGCUAUGUGUGUCAGGUGCUUUAUGUGAGAAGAAUAUUCUAAGCCUAUUGGAAACAUCGACACAAGCCUUGUAAGACAUGCAUUAUCUUCAGCCUUGACUUUACUGUCUGCUGCUGUCUGUCCUCUUUUUAUAGUCUGUGUCUCUUCUUUCUCUCUCUCUCUCUGUCCAUCUGUCUAUAUCUCUAUGUUUCAGUAUGUAUUCUGUUGUUUGUUUGCUUCUAAUUGUAAAAUCCUAGGUGUCCAUGUGUACUGUAACAUCUCUUAGCACUUGGCAAGUUGGCUGUAGAGCUCUCCAUUUCCGGGCUCCCAAGAGACACCCUGGAAUGUUCCUGAAUGUGCUACAUUCUGCUGCUGCUCUCUUGGCCUGGAGGGGUUGAAGGCUUUUCUCUCUCUCUUUCAUGUUUGUCUUUUUCCUCUGUAAAGGGGAUGAACCACAUCUUCUGAUUUGCCUGUGACUUUUAUUAUCCUUGAAUUUUUCACCAAACCUGUUUUUCUGCUGUCUCUGUCCGUCCCCUCUCUCGUCUGUCUUCUCUAGUCAUGCAAACAGAUAUGGCUGGGGCUUUACGACGACAGAACCGCCUCCAUACCGGACUUUAGAGAACCCCAGAAAGUCAAGGAGUUCCUUCAGGAGAAAUACGAGAAGAAGAGAUGGUGAGAGGCUGCUGUAGAGUAGAGUCCAUAGGGCUCUGGCCAAAAGGAGUGCACUAAAAAGGGAGUAGGGUGCCGUUUGGGACACUUCGCUCCACUGCAUGAGAAAGCCCUAGAGACGGGCAGCUCACUGAAGUUGGCCUUCGAGCAGCAAGGCACUUUGCAUCAGUAACAACCCAGGUGUAUUUAGUGGAUGAUAUCUAGGUUACUGUUAAUUGGAAUCCAAAAGGAAAGUAGAAUAUUUACACACAUCUAAAAACUGUCAUACCAGUCGGCAUAGCGGGACAAGAAAGCAAGAAAGAGGGUGACGGCAAAAGAAAGCCAGCACAACGGUAUGUGUUGCUAUGGUGAUUUCAGUUAACACACAGUGCAAAUCAACAUCCGGUAGAAAACAACGCUAUGACAGAUGGCAAAUGUUGAAAUAUUUGAGUCCCGGCUACCAUGGCGGCUGACGGCAUUCACCGUUGUGCCCUCAUUGAAAACCAUGACAUCCGGUUUGCCGUCUACCUCGUACCAUCUAAACGCUGCAUAAAGGUUCUCACAGGAGCAGACAUUUACAGACUUUACUUUCAAAGCCCAACAUCUUUAGAAUGAAUGUUCAGGACCUGUAUGCACAAAGAGUAGGAGUGCUGAUCCCCCUGUCCAUGUAAUCUUAUUCAUUAUGAUCCUAGAUCAGCACUCUUACUCUGAGAUGCUGGGUUAUAGGAGUCAAUUUGAAUUAAAGUCUGUGUUGCUGUGUAAUCAAUUGAACACCAUUGUUGUUGUGAUUAGGUUUGUUCCCCCGGAGCAGGCCAAAGUGGUGGCUUCGGUCCACGCCUCCAUCUCAGGCUCGUCAGCCAGCAGCACCAGCAGCACCCCCGAGGUCCGACCCCUCAAAACACUGCUGGGGGAGUCAGCCCCCACCCUGCACCUCAACAAGCACACACCCAGUCAGGUAAGAGACACACACACACACACACACACACACACUGGUUACUCAGCUGGCUGAUAACAGGCCAUACAAUGUUUUCCCUGACCAAAUCAUAUCAUAUAUUGUUGAUCAUAUAUACAUAUUUAGCAUAUGUUAUUGCGGGUGUAGCUACAUGCUUAUGUUCCAAGCUCCAACAGUGCAGUAGUAUCUAACAAUACAACAAAUGUAAAAGUAAAAUCAUGGAACUAAGAAAUAUAUAAAUAUUAGGACGAGCAAUGUCAGAGUCUAGAGUAUAUAUAUAUAUAUAUAUAUAUACACACACACACACACACAGUACCAGUCAAAAGUUUGGACACACCUACUUCCAGGGUUUUUCUUUAUUUUUUACUAUUUUCUACAUUGUAGAAUAAUAGUGAAGACAUACAAACUAUGAAAUAACACAUGGAAUCAUGUAGUAACCCAAAAAGUGUUAAACAAAUCAAAAUAUAUUAUAUAUUUGAGAUUCUUCAAAUAGCCACCCUUUGCCUUGAUGAUAGCUUUGCACACGCUUGGCAUUCUCUCAACCAGAUUCAUGAGGUAGUCACCUGGAAUGCAUUUCAAUUAAAAGGUGUGACUUGUUAAUUUGUGGAAUUUCUUUCCUUCAUAAUGUGUUGGAGCCAAUCAGCUGUGUUGUGACAAGGUAGGGGGGGUAUACAGAAGAUAGCCCUAUUUGGUAAAAUACCAAGUCCAUAUUAUGGCAAGAACAGCUCAAAUAAGCAAAGAGAAACGACAGUCCAUCAUUACUUUAAGGUCAGUCAAUACAGAACAUUUCAAGACCUUUGAAAGUUUCUUCAAGUGCUAUGAUGAAACUGGUUCUCAUGAGGUCCGCGACAGGAAUGGAAGGCCCGGAGUUAUCUCUGCUGCAGAGAGUUAACAGCCUCACAAAUUGCAGCCCAAAUAAAUGCUUCAAAGAGUUUAAAUAACAGACACAUCUCAACAUCAACUGUUCAGAGGGGACUGUGUGAAGCAGGCCGUCCUGGUCGAAUUCCUGCAAAGAAACCACUACUAAAGGACACCAAUAAGAAGAAGAGUCCUGCUUGGGCCAAGAAACACGAGCAAUGGACAUUAGACCGGUGGAAAUGUGUCGUUUGGUCUGGAGUCCAAAUUUGAGAUUUUUGGUUCCAACCGCCGUGUCUUUGUGAGACGCGGUGUGGGUGAACAGAUUAUCUCUGCAUGUGUAUUUCACACCGUAAAGCAUGGAGGAGGAGGUGUUAUGGUGUGGGGGUGCUUUGCUGGUGACACUGUUCGUGAUUUAUUUAGAAUUCAAGGAACACUUAACCAGCAUGGCUACCACAGCAUUCUACAGCGAUACGCCAUAUCAUCUGGUUUGGGCUUAGUGGGACUGUCAUUUGUUUUUCAACAGGACAAUGACCCAACACACCUCCAGGCUGUGUAAGGCCUAUUUUACCAAGAAGGAGAGUGAUGGAGUGCUGCAUCAGAUGACCUGGCCUCCACAAUCCCCCGACCUCAACCCAAUUGAGAUGGUUUGGGAUGAGUCGGACCGCAGAGUGAAGGAAAAGCAGCCAACAAGUGCUCAGCAUAUGUGGGAACUACUUCAAGACUGUUGGAAAAGCAUUCCAGGUGAAGCUGGUUGAGAGAAUGCCAAGAGUGUGCAAAGCUGUCGUCAAGGCAAAGGGUGGCUAUUUGAAGAUUCUCAAAUAUAAAAUAUACUUUGAUUUGUUUUACACAUCUUUUGUUUACUACAUGAUUCCAUAUGUGUUAUUUCAUAGUUUUGAUGUCUUCACUAUUAUUCUACAAUGUAAAAAAUAGUACAAAUAAAGAAAAACCCUGGAAUGAGUAGGUGUGUCCAAACUUUUGAUUGGUAGCGUAUACAGUUGAAGUCAGAGGUUAUACACUUAAGUUGGAGUCAUUAAAACUCGUUUUUCAACCACUCCACAAAUGUCUUGUUAUCAAACUAUCGUUUUGGCAAGUCGGUUAGGACAUCUACUUUGUGCAUGACACAAGUAAUUUUUACAACAAUUGUUUACAGACAGAUUAUUUCACUUAUAGUUCACUGUAUCACAAUUCCAGUGGGUCAGAAAUGUACAUACACUAAGUUGACAGUGCCUUUAAACAGCUUGGAAAAUUCCAGAAAAUGAUGUCAUGGCUUUAGAAGCUUCUGAUAGGCUAAUUGACAUCAUUUGAGUCAAUUGGAGGUGUACCUGUGGAUGUAGUUCAAGGCCUACCUUCAAACUCAGUGCCUCUUUGCUUGACAUCAUGGGAAAAUCAAAAGAAAUCAGCUAAGACCUCAGAAAAAUAAUUGUAGACCGCCACAAGUCUGGUUCAUCCUUGGGAGCAAUUUUCAAAUGCCUGAAGGUACCACCUUCAUCUGUACAAACAAUAGUACGCAAGUAUAAACACCAUGGGACCACCAGCCGCCAUACCGCUCAUGAAGGAGACGCGUUCUGUCUCCUAGAGAUGAACGUACUUUGGUGCGAAAAGUGCAAAUCAAUCCCAGAACAACAGCAAAGGACCUUGUGAAGAUGCUGGAGGAAACAGGUACAAAAGUAUCUAUAUCCACAGUAAAACAAGUCCUAUAUCGACAUAACCUGAAAGGCCGCUCAGCAAAGAAGAAGCCACUGCCCCGAAACCACCAUAAAAAAGCCAGACUACGGUUUGCAACUGCACAUGGGGACAAAGAUCGUACUUUUUUGAGAAAUAUCCUCUGGUCUGAUGAAACAAAUAUAGAACUGUUUGGCCAUAAUGACCAUCGUUAUGUUUGGAGGAAAAAGGGGGUAGCUUGCAAGCCGAAGAACACCAUCCCAACCGUGAAGCACGGUGGUGGCAGCAUCAUGCUGUGGGGGUGCUUUGCUGCAGGAGGGACUGGUGACUUCACAAAAUAGAUGGCAUCAUGAGGAUGGAAAAUGAUGUGGAUAUAUUGAAGCAACAUCUCAAGACAUCAGUCAGGAAGUUAAAGCUUGGUCGCAAAUGGGUCUUCCAAAUGGACAAUGACCCCAAGCAUACUUCCAAAGUUAUGGCUUAAGGACAACAAAGUCAAGGUAUUGGAGUGGCCAUCACAAAGCUCUGAUCUCAAUCCUAUAGAAAAUGUGUGGGCAGAACUGAAAAAGCGUGUGCGAGCAAGGAGGCCUACAAUCCUGACUCAGUUACACCAGCUCUGUCAGGAGGAAUGGGCCAAAAUUCACCCAACUUGUUGUGGGAAGCUUGUGGAAGGCUACCCAAAACGUUUGACCCAAGUUAAAUAAUGUAAAGGCAAUGCUACCAAAUACUAAUUGAGUGUAUGUAAACUUCUGACCCACUGGGAAUGUGAUGAAAUAAAUAAAAGCUGAAAUAAAUCAUUCGCUCUACUAUUAUUCUGACAUUUCACAAUCUUAAAAAAAAAGUGUUGAUCCUAACUGACCUAACACAGGGAUUCUUUACUAGGAUUAAAUGUCAGGAAUUGUGAAAAACUGAGUUUAAAUGUAUUUGGCUAAGGUGUAUGUAAACUUCCGACUUCUACUGUAUGUGUGUAUGUGAUGGGAUGUAUAGACAUUAUGAUUGGAUGUAUAGACUGUUUUUGGUCAGGUCAGGUGUUCAGGAAACCCUUCUCGCUCUAGUAGUCAAAACAUAUCUCUGUGAGUUGCUUUCAACAAGAUAACCAGUGUGAAGUGCGGAUAUCUCUGUGAGGUAACUGGGUCAUGUUUAGCACGAAAUGGAGUGAAACAGGGAGGUUCCAUCCGAACUUCUGUCUAAUUAGAAAUGCCUGUUUUUGUUUUCUGUUGCAAAGCGUUUUGAUACGGCAUGCCCUAAUGAACACAGCCCUGUUGUCUCUGCAGUCUCCGGUGGGGAGUCGUGUGGCCCAGGCCCUUCAGCUGAGCCAGCAGCAGUUCCACGACAAGAAGUUUGACCUCCUCAGCGACCUGGGCGGAGACAUUUUCGCCGCUCCAUCCCACUCGCAGACGGCAGCAGGCUUGGCGGCCAACUUUGCCAACUUUGCACAUUUCAACAGUCACCCAGGUAAGCAGGAGGAGUGUCACAUGCUGCACCGGACCCUGGAGCGGUCACUACACCUUGAGUCAUUAAAAUGCUGGGCACAGUGGUUACAUCUACUGCAUAGUGCAUGGAGUUAAAUGGUCAAUGAUUUACUCAUACUUAUGGAAUUAGAAAAAGUAAAUUUCCUGAAAAAUAUUUGGGUGCUUUCUUCAGCUGUCCAAAAGUGUGUUUUAUGGUAGUGGGAGAAGCUUUAGAGACUUUAUGGUUUCCUUAAUUUCAAGAGUAUUGCCCAUCACUUUUUUUUUUACCACACCUUGACAGGACCCCCCCCCCCCCCCCCAAAUCACACUGGUCUAUGUAAGGCAUCGCCAGACACUAUAGAAUUCUCACAGGGCUAUGGGCGGUCAGUCUCCAUGGUUACUAAUGAGGCCAACGUGAAGCUGUUAGCGUGUGUUUGCUCAGAGGAUAAUGUAUUCACAUCCUCAAAGAGCCAUAAAGUUCUACCUUAAUGUAGUGUGGGCAGAAAGGCAGCACCAAGUAAGCACACAUGAGGCUUAAAGACACACACACACUCAAAAAAGGCACAUCACAAUUAUACUUAAAAUUAUAUUUUUUGAAAAUAUAAAAUGGACAAUAAUAAUAAUAAUAACAAUAACUUACACACUUAUCAAAAGUACUAUACCUAGCAAUCCUUUCCUAUCCUAUCUUUCUACUACUUUGACAAAAUAAAUCAGAGAUUCACAGGAAGCCCAUCUCUACAGCCAACUCCCAUCACCCCCGGAUGGCUUCCAGUUUCACCAUCUCUUUAUCAGAAAAUACUUGUAAAACUCCAUCCUCGUAGAACUCCAUCCUGACUUUUCUAUAGAACUCCACCUUGCGUAUCAUCUCCAUGCGCUUGUGGAACAGAUGUUGUUUCUCCUGCUCAGGCAGGUGCUGGUUGUGGUAGCAGAAGCUGGCCAUGUUUAGGGACUUCCAGUAACACUCACAAUGCCAGAUCUCUGAGAAAAUGGGGAGGACCUGACGUAAAGUUACAAUAAAACCAUGUAUCUACAUGGAAUUUGAGAAAUACACAAUAAUAAGCCAAAUCAAAACAGAAAUGAACCAAAUUAUGAUAAGAAUACAGUAUUUGAUGCUUACCAUUGUUGAUGGAAUUUGAAGUUCUUGCAGGAAGAUACUGAUGUCUCUGUGCCAUCCAUGGAACGGACUGGUGAAAUCGCUGGGUGUUAAAGUUAGUUAAUUUAUAAAACAAUUUAUAAUCUUACAUAGCAGAAGCAAGUCGCACGUCUAGUCUUGAGGUUGUUGCCACCAAAACUGAGUUCCAAGUCAACAUUGGUGCCUGUCAACCAAACGUUCUAACAUUCUAAAUUCUACUGAAGUUGCUCUUCAAAAUUGUGAUAUCAUUAUAUUCUAAUGUAAUUGUAUUCUUAUGAAUAGAAUCACCAUGGCAAAGAAAUAAAAUGAGUUUCAAAUCAACACUUGUUACUCUUACCAACCAAAUAUUCUAAAUUCAAAGAUUCUACCAUAGAGAUCCUACUAAAUAUGAAUCAAAUCAAAUGUUAUUUGCCACAUGCGCCGAAUACAACAGGUGUAAACAUUACAGUGAAAUGUUUACUUACUAGCCCAUAACCAACAAUGCAUUUUUGUAAAAAAUAAAUAAAAUAGAAGUGUUAAGUAAAAAAUAAAUAAAAGCAAAUAACUAAAGAGCAGCAGUAAAAUAAAAUAACAGUAGGGAGGCUAUAUACAGGGGGGUACCGGUGCAGAGUCAAUGUGCGGGGGCACCGGCUAGUCGAGCUAAUUGAGGUAAUAUGUACAUGUGGGUAGAGUUAAAGUGACUAUGCAUAAAUAAUAAACAGAGUAGCAGCAUGUAAAAGAGGGGGGUGGGGGUGGGGGUGGGAGGGCAGUGCAAAUAGUCCGUAGCAAUGAUUAGCUGUUCAGGAGUCUUAUGGCUUGGGGGUAGAAGCUGUUGAGAAGCCUUUUGGACCUAGACUUGGCGCUCUGGUACCGCUUGCCGUGCGGUAGUAGAGAGAACAGUCUAUGACUAGGGUGGCUGGAGUUUUCAGGGCCUUCCUCUGACACCGCCUGGUAUAGAGGUCCUGGAUGGCAGGAAGCUUGGCCCCAGUGAUGUACUGGGCCGUACGCACUACCCUCUGUGUAGUGCCUUGCGGUCGGAGGCCGAGCAGUUGCCAUACCAGCCGGUGAUGCAACCAGUCAGCAUGCUCUCGAUGGUGCAGCUGUAGAACUUUUUGAGGAUCUGAGGACCCAUGUCAAAUCUUUUCAGUCUCCUGAGGAGGAAUAGGCUUUGUUGUGCCCUCUUCACGACUGUCUUGGUGUGUUUGGACCAUGAUAGUUCGUUGGUGAUGUGCACACCAAGGAACUUGAAGCUUUCAAUCUGUUCCACUACAGCCCCGUCGAUGAGAAUGGGGGCGUGCUCAGUCCUCUUUUUUUUUUCCCUGUAGUCCACAAUCAUCUCCUUUGUCUUGGUCACGUUGAGGGAGAGGUUGUUAUCCUGGCACCACACGGCCAGGUCUCGGACCUCCUCCCUAUAGGCUGUCUCAUCGUUGUUGGUGAUCAGGCCUACCACUGUUGUGUCGUCAGCAAACUUAAUGAUGGUGUUGGAGUCGUGCCUGGCCAUGCAGUCAUGGGUGAACAGGGAGUACAGGAGGGGACUGAGCACGCUCCCCUGAGGGGCCCCCGUGUUGAGGAUCAGCGUGGCAGAUGUGUUGUUACCUACCCUUACCACCUGGGGGCGGCCCGUCAGGAAGUUCAGGAUCCAGUUGCAGAGGGAGGUGUUUAGUCCCAGGAUCCUUAGCUUAGUGAUGAGCUUUGAGGGCACUAUGGUGUUGAACGCUGAGCUGUAGUCAAUGAACAGCAUUCUCACGUAGGUGUUCCUCUUGUCCAAGUAGGAAAGGGCAGUGUGGAGUGCAAUAGAGAUUGCAUCAUCUGUGGAUCUGUUGGGGCGGUAAGCAAAUUGGUUUCUGGGAUAAUGGUGUUGAUGUGAGCCAUGACCAGCCUUUCAAAGCACUUCAUGGCUACAGACGUGAGUGCUACGGGUCGGUAGUCAUUUAGGCAGGUUAUCUUAGUGUCCUUGGGCACAGGGACUAUGGUGGUCUGCAUAAUUCUAUGAAUUCUACCAACUUUGCUUUGGUUGAUUUUGUAUUUUUAUUAUUCAGAAUUGCCAUGAUGAUGAGAAAGCGUGAAAUGAAUGGAUGUACUGUGCUUCAUUUAAAAUCUGUUUUACAUUGAACCCAGACAGUGGCACACACACUAGAAGGGAACAUGAGCUUAGGUUCAGGGCAGUGCCCUAUGGGAGAAGGUGGACCUGUAAUCAUCACAUCCAUUUUUGGUUUGUCAUUGUCAUCUGGUGCCAGUCUGUCAUUAGCUCCAUCUAGUUUAGUUCCAUAUCCCUCAAUGUGUCAUUUCUGUGGGUUCAUCCCAAAUGGCACCCUAUAACCUAUGUAGUGCACUACUUUUGACCAAGGUGCUCUGGUUAAAAUUAGUGCGCUAUAGGAAUAGGGUGCCAUUUGGGUUGCAGUCUGUGUCAUAUGUGACCGUUAAUCAUCUCAUUCAUUGUUUCUUGUUUUGUUUGUCCUUUUUGAUUUUAUGUGUGUUUGACCCGCGGACAAACCUCCAGCUGCUCAGAACGCAAACGCAGACUUUGCUAACUUUGAUGCAUUUGGGAGCGCGGGUCCAUCGGGUGCUUUCCCCUCGGCACCCCAAGCCCCCUUCCAGACCUCACAUACAGGUAGAGCAUGUUCCAUUCACCUGCCUCGAUCUCACACACACACUCACAUGUUCACAUACUCUCUCUCUCUCUGUCUCUCUCUCUCUCUCUGUCUCUCUCUCUGUCUCUGUCUCUCUCUCUCUCUCUCUCUCUCUCUCUCUGUCUCUCUCUCUGUCUCUCUCUCUCUCUCUCUCUCUCUCUCUCUCUCUCUCUGUCUCUCUCUCUCUCUCUCUCUGUCUCUCUCUCUCUCUCUUUCUCUCUCCGUUACAUGCUCACACUCACAUCAGUUCACUCACUCCUACUUGUCAUGCUUUUUGUGUCCAUUUUGUCUGUGUUGUUGUUUAUGUUAGGAGACAGAUCUCCAUAUGAUUUGUCUACUGUCUUUAUCUGUCCCUUGUGUUUGUCUGUCUAUGUCACUCACUGUCUCUCCUCCCCAUUCUCACAGUCCUGGUCCAUGGCUCCACGCCACUCCAUUCAUUUCAUCACUCUCAUUGGCUCUGUAUUUGCUAGCUGGCUCGCUGGCUGCUCAAGGCACACACUCAUUCACUGGCUAGUUUCCCCAUCCAUUGUCAAGGGAAUUCAUUUUGAAUGUACCACACCGCCCUCUGCUGGAGACUAAUGCCUGCAGUCUACAGAUGACCUCUUGACUUCUACAUGGUGGUGGAUGGGAAAGCACUGGUCUCUGGGUGCAUCUCAACACUCAACAGUGGCGUCCUCUCCUUGUCUCCUUUCCUUCAUCCGCACUGAUCUGAAAGAAUCAAACAAAUGUACAGUUAGACCGCUAUCUGUCAUGUCUGCUUUCACCUAUCCUAUAUGUUUUCAGAUCUGCACAGAUGAGGAAACAAGGAGAGGAAACCACUUUAGACUUGAGAUGCAUCCCCUCUCUCUCAAGACUCCUGCUCUCACUCACACUGAUCACUACACUGCCUGGCCUGGCCUCCGCUUUCACACUGACUCCAUUCGCUCUGUUAUGAUUUCAUUUUGCUUUUGGGUGAUGUUCACACACUUUUUUUCCCCCUUUUGGUUGAUAUUUCUUUCUGUUUUUUCCCCCACCCUGUCUCUCUGGUACUCAUUCCCCCCCCCCCCCCCCCCCCCCCCGCUCCCCUCCUGUUUUGGCUGCAAGCGUUCACGUCCCUCUCAUCCAGCCGCAGUGUGGGUGAGUUUGCCACCGCUGGCACUGCUCUACCUCACCCGGGUGCAGGUGCUCACAGUAAGUUCUCUCCAUCUCACUGGGCUCAGCCUCUAGCUAACACCUAACUGCCCUUUCUCCCCUCUGUCUGUCUGGUAGGCUCUAAGGGUUUUCCCAUAUCAAUGUCUGUGGUUGUUCCUAUUGAUGUGUGUGUGCCUGUCUGUCUGUGGAUGCGUGUGUUGUAUGCUCUUUGGUGUUUGCUGACCUGUUCAUAUCCAGAAGUACAGGGCCAUUGGUGCAAAAUAACAUGAUGUCAUGCAGUCUAAACUGCAGCCAGCUAUUGAAAGAAAAGAUGGCCAACUAUUACCUCAGCCUCUGGAAUUCUUAUCCUGCAGAAGAUCAUCUUCAGAAUGAUUUGAAAGAUAUUUCUCCACCUAUGUAUUGUACUAAGAUCUUGUAACAGUGUAGGUAAUUCAGUAAUUCACUGUAGAUGUAUUAAUUUGUCAGACAGGAGCGUAGACAGGAUUUCGUAUUCCAUAGGAACAGUCAGGUUCUACCCUCAAACCACUCCCAGUGAAGUGAUGCUUCUUCUCUUUCUUUACCUCAACUCUCACUCUGUUUCCUCAGACAGUGACCAACCUCAGUUUCGGUGCCUAACUUAUCCUCAGGGUAAGAACAUUGUUAAGAAAGGCAACAAUCAUCCUACAAACACACUUGAAGCCACUGUGUGGCUCUUGUGACAGUCAGACUAAGGACCAUGACUGCUGUUGGGCUCAUUUCAAGUCUGACACAGUUGACUCCAUUCGAUCUGGGGCCUCCUGUAGCUCAGUUGGUAGAACAUGGCGCUUGCAACGCCAGUGUUGUGGGUUCGAUUCCCACGGGGGCCAGUAUGAAAAAAUGUAUGCACUCACUAAAACUGUAAGUCGCUCUGGAUAAGAGCGUCUGCUAAAUGACUAAAACCUAAAAUCUUAUACUACUCAACAUUAUAAUGCAGAUCCUUUCCACUGAUUUCAGGUCAGAUGAAGCACAGUGCUGUUGUAAAUGAAAGAUGACACUGCUGUACAUCCAGUAGCACACAGUGUUCAAUCCAGCCCCCCAGAUUUCCGCUGCAUGGUCAGGAACACACACCCAGGCCCCUAUUAUGUGACUCCUCUCUGUCAUCUCUUUCUCUCUCGCAGGUAGCACGUCCUCGGGGGGCCUAGCUAACUCUAGCAAUUUAGUUAAUUUUGACCACUUCGCCAAAUCCUGUAGCGCCGACUUUGGAUUCUUCAGUUCCUCUUCCCAGUCCCAGAGCCAGAGGAACUCCUCCACCGCAGGACUGCCCAAUGGGCUGGUAGACAGAGACAGCGGCACUACUAGCGUCCCCACCGAUAGAUACGCAGCUCUUUCUGACCUGGAUACCAUCUUUAGCUCUGCCAAAACGGAGCAAGGUAAACCUCUCCCUGCUGCGAGCCAGCCUCCACUCACAGACUUCAAGAUGCAUCAAGUAGAGUGAGUUUGCUAUCGGGUUGGGGAUGAUGAGCUCAUGCAUGGUGUAGAAUAGAUAAAGUCCGGGUCCCAUCCUUUCUAAACCAGCAGUUACAGUGGGUCUUCGUUUAAAAGCCACAGCACAGCUUGCGGGAUGCUGCAGAAUGGUAUGGCAUUUUGGAGUGCAUGAUGUCAUAGUAUUUUACUGUCCGCCAUUGUUGCUAUUAGUGCUAGUUCAACCACCAGAGGGCGUCUUUGAGGGCGUCUUUUUGAAGCUUGUUGGUGCUUGCUUAUUUUUCCCAAUAAUCCUACAGAGGUCCGUGCAGGCCAGACGUUUUGAUUGCUAUACCCUAUCCAAAAGAGCAUAUUCCAAGGUUUUUAAUUAAGCUAGUUUUGCCAAACAACACAAAAUGUUUUCAAAAUCGAACGUUUUCCUAGAAUAACCACAGCUCCAUGCCUACUGAUGACAAUCAGCAAAUACCCAUUUGUGGAAAAUAUCCUCAGCUACUAUAGCACAGAUAAAUACAUUUUAAAACAUGCUAUUCUGUUCUUUUGAAAUACAUUGUCUUAGUACCAUGUUUUUUAUGACCUCCCUAAACAAGAUAUUAAUAGACUUCUUUGUGAUUGUGUAUAUUACAUUGAUUUAAUAGACGGGUGGCUAUUGGUAGGCUACUCAUCAAGUCCCGGCUAUUGGCACUUUGAGGAUUAAAUUAUCAGAAAGUUUUAGUCUUUUAGGGUAUUUAUCUCAAUGUAGGCCUACUGCUAGAGUGUAAAAUACACAUAUUUAGGAAAAGUCAGGGACAGGUGGGUUCAAGGAUUUGAUUGAAGUGAAGUUAUUGAAAUGGCAUGGAGCUGUAGGCCUAUGAGUCCCGUUCACUGUAGCUGUCUUAACGUAACUUACUUAUUGGCAUAAAGGCCUACUUCAUUGUAUCAAUCAUUCAUUCAUUUGUGCAUGUCAUCACACAGCAUACAAGUCAUCCAUGUCUUUAAAUACAAUCAAGCAUUUUAGUUAUAAAACGAAAUAACAAAGGGAGACUUGAAUAAUUAAACGUUGAAUGAACCGCAACAUGUCGGCUUAAGCGAUUGAAUUCACGAAUGCAUUUGACUGUUUUUAAUCUUGGCAGUACUAAAGACUUUAAAACCAUUUUUUGUUAGAACAGAAUAUAUGGGAAUGAUUAUAAUUUGUUUGUAAAAGAUAAAUUAUUGUAUUUGUUGUGCUGUUUAUACUGUUAUAAAUGUAGCUUAAUGAAAUGGAUUAAUAUUAUGGUGUUUCUAUUCCAAGAAAAAAUGAAAAAUGCAUUUUACAGUAGCCUAUGUAGGCCUCAGGGUUUCCGUUAGGAAAAUGUGGCGCUGUACAACGUGACUGGUCGGGAGUAGGCUACUUAGCGACUGCGAGUGAAGAGCAAAAUAAUCCUAACAUUUCCACAGCCAAAUUGUAGGCUAACCAAUAUCCAAAGUGAGGUUCAGUGAAAAUAAAAAUCUGAUUGAUUUUUAUCAAGACCAGUCCCCAUGCUUGUCUCAAAGCAGCGCGAAACGGUGCUGAAAUAGUUGGCCACAUGUAAUUGAUCUCAGGUGCAUCCUGUUUCCAUUGAUCAUCCUUGAGAUGUUUCUACAACUUGAUUGGAGUCCACCUGUUGUAAAUUCAAUUGAUUGGACAUGAUUUGGAAAGGCACACAACUGUCUAUAUAAGGUCCCACAGUUGACAGUGCAUGUCAGAGCAAAAACCAAGCCAUGAGGUCGAAGGAAUUGUCCGUAGAACUCAGAGACAGGAUUGUGUCGAGGCACAGAUCUGAGGAAGGGUACCAAAACAUUUCAGCAGCAUUGAAGGUCAUCAAGAACACAGUGGCCUCCAUCAUUCUUAAAUGGAAGAAGUUUGGAACCCCCAAGACUCUUCCUAGAACUGAGCAAAUGGGGGAGAAGGGCCUUGUUCAGGGAGGUGACCAAGAACCCGAUGGUCACUCUGACAGAGCUCCAGAGUUCCUCUGUGGAGAUGGGAGAACCUUCCAGAAGGACAACCAUCUCUGCAGCACUCCACCAAUCAGGCCUUUAUGGUAGGGUGGCCAGACAGAAGCCACUUAUCAGUAAAAGGCACACGACAGCCCGCUUGGAGUUUGCCAAAAGGCACUUAAAGGACUCUCAGGCCAUAAGAAACAAGAUUCUCUGGUCUGAUGAAACCGAGAUUGAACUCACGUCUGGAGGAAACCAGGCACCGCUCAUCACCUGGCCAAUACCAUCCCUACGGUGAAGCAUGGUGGUGGCAGUGUCAUGCUGUGGGGGUGUAUUUCAGCGGCAGGGACUGGGAGACUAGUCAGGAUCGAGGAAAAGAUGAACGGAGCAAAGGACAGAGAGAUCUUUGAUGAAAACCUGCUCCAGAGCGCUCAGACUGGGGAGAAGGUUCACCUUCCAACAGGACGACGACCCUAAGCACACAGCCAAGACAACGCAGGGGGGGGCUUCGGGUCAAGUCUCUGAAUGUCCUUGAGUGGCCCAGCCAGAGCCUGGACUUGAACCCGAUCGAACAUCUCUGGAGAGACCUGAAAAUAGCUGUGCAGCGACGCUCCCCAUCCAACCUGACAGAGCUUGAGAGGAUCUGCAGAGAAGAAUGGGAGAAACUCCCCAAAUACACGUGUGCCAAGCUUGUAGUGUCAUACCCAACUCGAGGUUGUAAUUGCUGCCAAUGGUGCUUCAACAAAGUACUGAGUAAAGGGUCUGAAUACUUAUGUAAAUGUCAUAUUUCCAUUUUUAUUUGUAAUAAAUUAGCAAACAUUUCUAAAACCCUGUUUUUGCUUUGUCAUUAUGGGGUAUUGUGUGUAGAUUGAUGAGGAGGGAAAAAACAAUUUAAUCCAUUUUAGAAUAAGGCUGUAACAUAACAAAAUGUGGAAAAAGUCAAGGGGUCUGAAUACUUUGAGAAUGCACUGUAUGGUAGCUCCCUAAAUGUCAACCGGAGAAACCAGUAGCCAUUUGACAUUAUUUCGAGAUAUGCAAGAGAGACCUUAGCAAGCUUAUGACAUAACGAUGUAAAUCUGUGGCCGUAUGUAUCAACCUUCUCGGAGUAGGAGUGUUGAUCUAGGAUCAGGUCCCCCCCCCCUGUCCAUUAAUCCCAUUCAUUGUGAUCUAAAAGGCAAAACUGAUUCUAAAUCGUCACUCCUACUCUGAGACACUUUAUACAUACGGUCCCAGAUGCUCAUAAAAACCCACUGUUAGAAUCUGGCUUUCUGGGAUUCCAACACUUUUGCGCCCCAUCUGGUCAGUCAUGUCAUCCGAUUGUCUGGUCCUAAUGUCAGCUCACCUGUCAUCUGAAUUGCUGUGGUUACCUCUGAGUGAAAAACCUUUCUUAGCACUGGGGUAUCUUACUUAUAUUAGAGUUUUGAUAUCGAUUCUCUCCUGACCUGCACCUUGAGGACUAUGGUCUAGUGGAAUCCAGCAUUCCACUUCUGACUUCUAGAUCACACACGUUCGUUCAUACAAUGAAGAGCUACAAGAACUAGAUCACAGUUUGUUUUGAUGAUGGUGACGUUGCUUGAGUGUGGAGCUGUCUGGAUUGUGGCCCUCGAGGAGCAGGAUUAGGUCUCCUUUGUGUGGGCAUGAUGUGUUGUUGCUCUCCCUGCCGUGGGUGGGAGACAGAUGGAGUUACUAGCUUCUACAGUACUCUCCUGGCCUCCCUGUGUUGUAAACCAGCCUGUGUGUGUGUUUUCAGGAGGUAGCGUCCCUAGCGGGGUCCCGGGCUCUCUCCCCCCGGUGGCGUCGGCAGGACUGCGUCACCCCCAGAGUCAGCUGACGGGUACGUCGGCGGCAGACCGCUACGCCGCGCUGGCCGAGCUGGACAACGUGUUCGGCUCGUCGGCCCCCGCCACCAGCGUCUACAACACCAUCAGCACUUCUCAAGGGUACGAGAACACACCAUCAGAUUAAUUCAACCUCUUUCCAUUACCCUAUAAUCUAUGCCUUGAGUUCUUUCUUUCUGUCUGUCUUUCUGUCUCAUAUUCACAUCUUUGUAAAUAUAUAAAGCAACUUUCUUGUUACCAUCAAGUAGGGCUAUCUUUCAAAAUUAUAGUCAGCCCUCUCACCUCUGUCUCUGGCUGCAUCCCAAAUCGUACCCUAUUCUCUAAAAGUGCGCUACUUUUAGCACUACUGCUAGGGACCAUGUAGGAAAUAGGGUGUCAUUUGGGACGUGGCCUCUGUCAUGGUUAGUCAUUGUGGUCACUCUAACGCCAGUGUUGUGUUGUGUACCAGGGGGAUGUUUGGCCCUGUGACAGGAGUCUCGUCAGCCCAGGCACAACAAUGUAUGUCCAGCAUGCCCCAGGGUUUUGGAGGUGAGUGACAACACUACAUGUGUGUGUUUCCAUUCCCUACUCUUUCCCACUUAGUGUGCGUUACACUACUUCACUCUCCACCUCGGGUUUAAAAAUAUUGGAUAGGUGUAAGCAUGGACAAUAUGGAGUUUUCUUCAUAUUUCACUCACUGUCUUGCGUCCAUUACUUUUCAAUUCAUGAGGGGGAGUCAACUGUUGUGGAAAUUCACCACUAAGGACUCAAAGUCAAAGUAAAUGAAGCAAUCUUUAUUGCUUACACUUGUAAAACUAUAGCAGUUUAAAGUUUAACUUAAGACCUUUGCUUCAUACAGUUACACACUUUCAUUUAUGUAAGUUCUCCAUCAAUGUUAUCACACACACAAGGACAAAUAGUCCCAACAUAGCCCAUUUUGCAAGGUUGACAGACUAUGAUCCAAACAUAGUUGACAGCCAAACUGUCACCUCCCAAUCGUUAUCUUCAUUGCCAGAGUAGCUUCUAGCGGUUUCUGAUAAUGACAUUUCAGCUGGAGCUUUGACUUUCUCUUCCUCCUUCGGGUUCCUAAGAGAGUGACAGCAAAAGACUUGAAAAGAAAAAGAAAACACAAAAUAUGACAAGUAUUAGUAAUGCGUUAAGCUAUGCAUAAUCAUCAUGUAUGGCAAAAACCGAAGUUUGAUAACAUGACGAUUCCCACUUUUCCUUAGCCUGACUCUAUACCUUUGGGAUACUGUUCUGCUGGGGUCCACAAAAAUGAAGGCUCUAAAAACACCUACUCAUGCUUUUACCCAGUCUUCCCCCGUCAGGCUGCAGGUUUUACGAGAGGUGUUCCCACGCCAUAUCACCCUCACUUCGCCUCUGUUUUUGUGCUAUGUGCAGUCAACUAGUAUAAUUAUUGUUUUCCCAAACAUAUCAAAUCAAAUGUUAUUUGUCACAUACAAGUGUUUAGCAAAUGUUAUUGCGGGUGUAGUGAGAUGCUUGUGCUUCUAGCUCCGACAGUGCAUUAAUAUCUAACAAUUUCACAACAUAUACCCAAUACACACAAAUCUAAGUAAGGAAUGGAAUUAAGAAUAUAUACAGUGAUGGAAAAAAGUGUUUGAUCCCCUGCUGAUUUUGUACGUUUGCCCACUGACGAAGACAUGAUCAGUCUAUAAUUUUAAUGGUAGGUUUAUUUGAACAGUGAGAGACAGAAUAACAACAAAAAACUCCAGAAAAACGCAUGUCAAAAAUGUUAUGAAUUGAUUUGCAUUUUAAUGAGGGAAAUAAGUAUUUGACCCCUCUGCAAAACAUGACUUAGUACUUGGUGGCAAAACCCUUGUUGGCAAUCAGAGGUCAGAUGUUUCUUGUAGUUGGCCACCAGGUUUGCACACAUCUCAGGAGGGAUUUUGUCCCACUCCUCUUUGCAGAUCUUCUCCAAGUCAUUAAGGUUUCGAGGCUGACGUUUGGCAACUCGAACCUUCAGCUCCCUCCACAGAUUUCCUAUGGGAUUAAGGUCUGGAGACUGGCUAGACCACUCCAGGACCUUAAUGUGCUUCUUCUUGAGACACUCCUUUGUUGCCUUGGCCGUGUGUUUUGGGUCAUUGUCAUGCUGGAAUACCCAUCCACGACCCAUUUUCAAUGCCCUGGCUGAGGGAAGGAGGUUCUCACCCAAGAUUUGACAGUACAUGGCCCCGUCCAUUGUCCCUUUGAUGUGGUGAAGUUGUCCUGUCCCCUUAGCAGAAAAACACCCCCAAAGCAUAAUGUUUCCACCUCCAUGUUUGAUGGUGUUCUUGGGGUCAUAGGCAGCAUUCCUCCUCCUCCAAACACGGCGAGUUGAGUUGAUGCCAAAGAGCUCUAUUUUGGUCUCAUCUGACCACAACACUUUCACCCAGUUCUCCUCUGAAUCAUUCAGAUGUUCAUUGGCAAACUUCAGACGGGCCUGUAUAGAUGCUUUCUUGAGCAGGGGGACCUUGCGGGCGCUGCAGGAUUUCAGUCCUUCACGGCAUAGUGUGUUACCAAUUGUUUUCUUGGUGACUAUGGUCCCAGCUGCCUUGAGAUCAUUGACAAGAUCCUCCCGUGUAGUUCUGGGCUGAUUCCUCACCGUUCUCAUGAACAUUGCAACUCCACGAGGUGAGAUCUUGCAUGGAGCCCCAAGCCGAGGGAGAUUGACAGAUAUUUUCUGUUUCUUCCAUUUGCGAAUAAUCGCACCAACUGUUGUCACCUUCUCACCAAGCUGCUUGGCGAUGGUCUUGUAGCCCAUUCCAGCCUUGUGUAGGUCUACAAUCUUGUUCCUGACAUUCUUGGAGAGCUCUUUGGUCUUGGCCAUGGUGGAGAGUUUGGAAUCUGAUUGAUUGAUUGCUUCUGUGGACAGGUGUCUUUUAUACAGGUAACAAACUGAGAUUAGGAGCACUGCCUUUAAGAGUGUGCUCCUAAUCUCAGCUCGUUACCUGUAUAAAAGACACCUGGGAGCCAGAAACCUUUCUGAUUGAGAGGGGGUCAAAUACUUAUUUCCCUCAUUUAAAAUGCAAAUCAAUUUAUAACAUUUUUGACAUGCGUUUUUCUGGAUUAUUUUGUUGUUAUUCUGUCUCUCACUGUUCAAAUAAACCUACCAUUAAAAUUAUAGACUGAUCAUUUCAUUGUCAGUGGGCAAACGUACAAAAUCAGCAGGGGAUCAAAUACUUAUUUCCCUCACUGUACAUAUAUGGACGAGCAAUGACAGAGCGGCAUGGGCUAAGAUACAGUAGAAUAGUAUAGAAUACAGUAUAUACAUAUGAGAUGAGUAAUGCAAGAUAUAUAAACAUUAAAGUGGCUAGUGUUCCAUUUCUUAAAGUGGCCAGUGAUUUCUAGUCUAUGUCUAUAGGCAGCAGCCUCUAAUUUGCUAGUGAUGACUAUUUAACAGUCUGAUUGCCUUGAGAUAUAAGCUGUUUUUCAGUCUCUCAGUCCCAGCUUUGAUGCACCAGUACUGACCUCGCCUUCUGGAUGAAAGCGGGGUGAACAGGCAGUGGCUCGGGUGGUUGAUGUCCUUGAUGAUCUUUUUGGCCUUCCUGUGACAUCGGGUGCUGUAGUUGUCCUGGAGGGCGGGUAGUUUGCCCCCGGUAAUGCAUUGGGCAGACUGCACCACCCUCUGGAGAGCCCUGCGGUUGCAGGCGGUGCUGCUGCCAUACCAAGCAGUGAUACAGCCCGACAGGAUGCUCUCAAUUGUGCAUCUGUAAAAGUUUGUGAUAGUUUUAGGUGCCAAGGAAGGCUCUGUUGCACCUUCACCACACUGUCUGUGUGGGUGGACCAUUUCAGUUUUUCACUUUGGCCACGGAGGAGAGCCCACAGUCCUUGGUAGUGGGCCGCGUCUGUGGUACUGUGAUAUCCUCAAAGCAGGUGAAGAAGGUGUUUAGCUUGUCCGGAAGCAAGACGUCGGGGUCGGUGACGUGGCUGGGUUUCCUGUUGUAGUCCGUGAUUGUCACAUACGUCUCGUGUCUGAGCCGUUGAAUUGCGACUCCACUUUGUCUCUAUACUCAGGAGCCCUCCCCCCUCCUGAGUCUAGGAUGUACAAUGAAUCUCCGUGGCUAGGCAGGUGGUGUUAUCGUCCCAGCCCAAGUCCAGAACCUUUUGUACUCCUCCACACAUCUCCCAGUCUCCUUAUCAGUCAGGAGAAGCCUUGAGAUUAGGAAGUGCACAUUCUUGCAGCCUGCCACAGUCCACUAUAUAAUUAUCCUUCUCAUACACAAAGAGCUAUUUCUGAGAAUAAGCAAUAUAUUCAUACUCAAGUGAAUAUAAUGAGGCAAAACAUAUUGAGAGAAUAUAAUGAUAUAAAACAGUGAAGCUACACUACCGUUCCAAAGUUUGGGGUCACUUAGAAAUGUCCUAUUUUUCGAAAGGAGCACCGGGGCCUCCCACUCAUCUUUCUAUUCUGGUUAGAGACAGUUUUCAGCUGUGCUAACAUAAUUGCAAAAGGGUUUUCUAAUGAUCAAUUAGCCUUUUAAAAUGAUAAACUUGGAUUAGCAAACAUAACGUGCCAUUGGAACACAGGACUGAUGGUUGCGGAUAAUGGGCCUCUGUACGCCUAUGUAGAAUGUAGAUAUUCUCUGUAGCUCAACUGGUAGAGCACGGCGCUUGUAACGCCAGGGUAGUGGGUUCGAUCCCCGGGACCACCCAUACACAAAAAAUGUAUGCACGCAUGACUGUAAGUCGCUUUGUAUAAAAGCGUCUGCUAAAUGGCAUAUUAUUUAUAUUAUUAAAAAAUCCGCCGUUUCCAGCUACAAUAGCCAUUUACAACAUUAACAAUGUCUACACUGUUAUUUUAAUGGACAAUUUUUUUUAUUUUCUUUCGAAAACAAGGACAUUUCUAAGUGACCCCAAACUUUUGAACGGUAGUGUAAAUGUUCAGACAUCACACAGAACUUGCUUAGGUAUUCACUCAGAAUCCCUAUAUAACGUUAUCAAUCGAAGUCCAUGCAGAACUUUGUUCAGUUCACACAGAACUUUCUUAGGGAUUCACAUCCACACCACCAGCAACAAUCAGCACAGCGUAGUCAGCCUGAGAGGUACCAGUGAUCAUGUUCUUGAUGAAAUCUCAGUGUCCGGGGGCAUCAAUGAGCCCUUGCUCAUCUCAGCUGCUUCCUUCUCAAAGUUUUCAAUGGUUCUCCUGUCAAUGCCUCCGCACCUGUAGAUCAGAUGGCUGGUGGUGGUGGACAGAACCCAUAUAUAACGAUAUCAAUCAAAGUUCACACAGAACUUGCUUAGGCAUCCACACAGAAUCCCUAUAUAACGUUCAGUUCACAGAACUUUCUUAGGUAUUCAUUCACACAUGCACCACAUACUCGAGACACCAUUUCCCGCUUCUGGUUGUUUACAUAUUCAAACGAAGUUCACACAGAACAUUUGUGCAGUUCACACAGAACUUCCUUAGGUAUUUCCACAGAAUGUCUAUAUAAUGUUAUAAACGAGGUUCACCAAACCUUUGCCUAGUUCUCUCUUAGAACUUGGAUCCCUUCUUAAACAAUGUAUUACUUCAUUUAAAAUGACUUACUGAAAUCAGUUGAGUUGACCUUCUAGGUUUCGUGGAUGUUGUUUUUCCUCCCUGACACGUCCCACAGUGAAGGUCUGGUCCGGGUGGGUCCUCGUCCUCUUUUAGUGAGACGGGAAUUUCCCUUUCCGCCUUCCAAGAAUGCGCCACCGGUGUUCCCACUGAGACCUUCACUGAUGGAUCACGUCGAGAAAAUCAAAUAUCUUGUUUCGUGACCCCAGAAUUGUAGUGGAAAUUCACCACUAAGGACUCAAAGUAAAUGAAGUAAUCCUUAUUAUCACGGCCGAAGAUAAUAAGCGCAGUGGUCUAAGGCACUGCAUCGCAGUGCUAGCUGUGCCACUAGAGAUCCUGGUUCGAAUCCAGGCUCUGUCGUAGCCGGCCGCGAUCGGGAGACCCAUGGGGCGGUGCACAAUUGGCCCAGCGUCGUCCAGGGUAGGGGAGGGAAUGGCAGGCAGGGAGGUAGCUCAGUUGGUAGAGCAUGGCGUUUGCAACGCCAAGGUUGUGGGUUCGAUUCCCACGGGGGGCCAGUAUGAAAAAUAAAAGAAUGUAUGCACUCACUAACUGCAAGUCGCUCUGGAUAAGAGCGUCUGCUAAAAUGACUAAAAUGUAAAUGUAAAAUGUUCACAAACUCAAUACAAGCUUGAUGAAAACGCUGAAGGGGAGGUUCCCUUUCAGUCCUUUUAUACUGCUACACAAACAAGUUAUAAGCAUGGUUGGUUCCUGUAUGUGACUGAUUUAUACAACACAAGGCUUCUUACCUUGAAACUGAGACAUUUUAUCACUUCUCUAGUCCCAAUAUAAUGUUCUGGGCGUACAACCAAAUUCAUUAUGAGUGAUAGUGUGGUUUACUCCUUUGUGCAGUCAACCCGUCACUCGCAUGAACCCAACCAAGACAGGUUAUUACAAAAGCAGCAUUGUGCUAAACAUACGAUCACGUACACACAAGAACAUUUCCAUCAUAGAACGAUUGCACACUUCGGGGAGAAGGGGGUAGAUUAGAAUGGGACCGCAACCCAUUUCUCCAGAGCUGAAGUAGAUACUUAGCUACUCAGAGAUUAACUAAUAUGAGUUUGAUGUCUCCUCUUCCCUUCUGCCAGGUCCAUCAACAAACCCCUUUGCUGCUGCAGCGGUUGCCCCGGCAAUAGCCACCACCAACCCCUUCCAGAGCAACGGGAGAGCAGCGGCCAUGGCAGCAGCAGGUGGGGACACGCCACGGAUGUUUUGCAUACCCAAUGUAUUUGAAACUAAAGCCAUAGGCUGUGUCCGAAAUCAUUCUUGCCUACUACUUACUAAAAUUCUAUACUAUUUACUAACCAUACUACAUACUGUUUAGAACAUACUGUUUAGUAAAAAUGUAUGCAGUAAGCAACAGAUAUCAACAUACUAGGCACACGCAUACUGAGAAGGCGUCAUGUAAUGCGCAAUUGGGUUGUUCCCUGCCAUUCGUACAUCACGUCUGAUCAUCUGAUUAUUAGCUGUUAUCAAAUACACGUGGGAGUCUGAAAAGACAAUUAUCUUCCUCAAUAGCAUGCAGCGAAUUCGUACUAGAUGAAAGCUGAAAUGAAUAUGACAUCCUGGCAUUUAAAGCUUUCAACAUUUUCGAAAUAUCACAUACUCUAAACCUUUCUAUUUUGCGCAUACCCAAUCAACAUACUAUUUAGAACGCAAGUACAGGUAUUCGGACACGGCCACUGAGUUAGAUAGAGGGCGCACUUAACCCAAAACCUCUCAUGGGCAGCCCCGUUGCAAAGCUAGUAGAUGAGCUCUGAAGUACAUCUCUAAGUAGUCUCCCGAGUGGCGCAGUGGUCUAAGGCACUGCAUCGCAGUGCUAGCUGUGCCACGAGAUCCUGGUUCGUAUCCAGGCUCUGUCGUAGCCGGCCACGACCGGGAGACCCAUGGGGCGGCGCACAAUUGGCCCAGCGUCGUCCAGGGUAGGGGAGGGAAUGGCCGGCAGGGAUGUAGAGCAUGGCGUUUGCAAUGCCAGGGUUGUGGGUUCAAUUCCCACGGGGGGCCAGUAUGAAAAAAUAAAAAUAAAAGAUAAUGUAAGUCGCUCUGGAUAAGAGCGUCUGCUAAAUGACUAAAAUGUAAAUGUAUGACUAAAGCUGAUCUAACUGUCGUGGUUAGCGGCCAUUUUGAGAUAGUGCAGAAGAAAAACAUGUUUCGCAGAUGGUAACCAUAUUCCAAAGUCAUGCUAAAAUAUCACAAAUUAACUGAGGCAGGUGAUCAUGUAAAAGCUUCUAUAUGUAGCAAAAGUCCAUAUUCUUAGAUGAUUACUUUUACAGAGGGUGACUGUGACCACCUGAAACCCUGUGAGAGGACUCAUGGUCACAGUGGUCAUGGUCAUUAGAGGUCAUAAUGAGGUUAUGAACCAGAUGCCUUCACUUCAUCGCUCAGCUAAUUGUAUUCAUCUCUAAGUAAGUCUAUUGCCGGUGGCUCGGCUGCUACUAGACUGGCAGCAUUAUUUACUAACAAUUGUCUGUUGCUAAAUGAGGAGAUAGUCCAAGUAGUAACAGUCUUACAUAGAGUAAAUUGGAGAGACACUGAUUGGUGACUGAGUGUUUCUGUAAUGAGCAUGAAGGUGUGUGCGUACUUAUGUGUACGUCCAAAUGAUGAUGGCUCUGUCUGAUUGCUCCCGUGAUGCUGGACAGGCCUGUUGGGGGCUCUGCAUGGGCAGGGUUACCCUCCAGCCCACUUUGGUAGGUCCCCUCCUCCUCCUCUUCCAGCUCACUCCUUUUCUCCUUCCUUCCCCCUCCUCCUCUCUGCCUCCCUGUGUCUUGGCUGUGGCAGUGCUUCUUAGAGCUCCCCUGAGCAUCCUGUGACUGUCUCGCCAACUGUGCAUGUGUUGUGUGCCCUGACCCCUGACCCCAGUGCUGCUUCUACUGUAUCUGUGAGUGUGGGAGUCCUGAUGCCUCAACUGCCAUAACCAAUCCCCCCCCUGCCCUCACUGACGCUCCCAGACUGUAGUGAUGUGGCAUCGCCGAUUACCCCAUCUUGCCCCCUGCCGGCCAAGAGAAAUAGCCUAACUAACAGUCGUAGCUUUUCAGACUAUAGCUGUUGGCAGUGUGUAUGUCAUCCAGCUGAGCUCUGAGUUUAUAAACUGGUGUUGAAAGGACAUCAAACUGCCAGAUAACCAUUUAAGAGUGUCCUUUAACUGCACAACCAUCUUGACUGUAAGCUUCUUAUAGUUUUUCACCCUCCUGGAUUCUGUACACUGCCUUUGCUGAGAGUGCCUAUACCCUGAGUGCUGUAGGACUGUAGCUGUGUGCUAGAUGCUGUGUAGUUUAAUGCAGGUUAUGUUCCGGAUAGAGCUAGUCUCUGAGACUCGUUCUAGUCACAAAGUAGUUUUUCUGCUGUUGCUGUGUUUGUUUCUCUGUGUUUAAGUGUACACUGCUCAGUAAAGGUGUUUUAGUUCAGGUUGUGUGCCAAUGUUAACCUGGCGUCAGGUGUGAUUAUAGGUAGACAGGGUAGGUAGGUGGGUGUGUACACUACCAGUCAAAAGUUUGGACACACCUACUCAUUCAAGGGUUUUUCUUUAUUUGUACUAUUUUUUACAUUGAUAAUAGUGAAGACAUCAAAACUAUGAAAUAACACAUGGAAUCAUGUAGUAACCAAAAAUGUGUUAAACAAAUCAAAAUAUAUUUUAUAUUUGAGAUUCUUCAGAUAGCCACCCUUUGCCUUGAUGACAUCUUUGCACGCUCUUGGCAUUCUCUCAACCAGCUUAAUGAGGUAGUCUUUCAAUUAACAGGUGUGCCUUCUUAAAAGUUAAUUUGUGGAAUUUCUUUCCUUCUUAAUGCGUUUGAGCCAAUCAGUUGUGUUGUGACAAGGUAGGGGUGGUAUACAGAAGAUAGCUCUAUUUGGUAAAAGACCAAGUCCAUAUUAUGACAAGAACAGCUCAAAUAAGCAAAGAGAAACAACAGUCCAUCAUUACUUUAAGACAUGAAGGUCAGUCAAUAUGGAAAAUGUCAAGAACUUUGAAAGUUUCUUCAAGUGCAGUCGCAAAAACCAUCAAGCGCUAUGAUGAAACUGGCUCUCAUGAGGACCGCGACAGGAAUGGAAGAACCAGAGUUACCUCUGCUGCAGAGGAUAAGUUCAUUCGAGUUACCAGCCUCAGAAAUUGUAGCCCAAAUAAAUGCUUCACAGAGUUCAAGUAACAGACACAUCUCAACAUCAACUGUUCAGAGGAGACUGCCUUCAUGGUCGAAUUGCUGCAAAGAAACCCCUACUAAAGGACACCAAUAAGAAGAAGUGACUUGCUUGGGCCAAGAAACACGAGCAAUGGACAUUAGACCGGUGGAAAUGUGUCCUUUAGUCUGGAGUCCAAAUUGGGGAUUUUUGGUUCCAACCGCCGUGGCUUUGUGAGACGCGGUGUGGGUGAAUGGAUGAUCUCCGCAUGUGUAUUUCCCACCGUAAAGCAUGGAGGAGGAGGUGUUAUGGUGUGGGGGUGUUUUGCUGGUGACACUGUCUGUGAUUUAUUUAGAAUUCAAGGAACACUUAACCAGCAUGGCUACCACAGCAUUCUGCAGCGAUACACCAUCCCAUCUGGUUUGGGCUUAGUGGGACUAUCAUUUGUUUUUCAAAAGGACAAUGACCCAACACACCUCCAGGCUAUUUUACGAAGAAGGAGAGUGAUUGAGUGCUGUAUCAGAUGACCUGGCCUACACAAUCCCCCGACCUCAACCAAAUUGAGAUGGUUUGGGAUGAGUCGGACCGCAGAGUGAAGGAAAAGCAGCCAACAAGUGCUCAGCAUAUGUGGGAACUCCUUCAAGACUGUUGGAAAAGCAUUCCAGGUGAAGCUGGUUGAGAGAAUCCCAAGAGUGUGCAAAGCUGUCAUCAAGGCAAAAGGUGGCUAUUUGAAUAAUCUCAAAUAUAACAUAUAUUUGAUUUGUUCAACACUUUUUUGGUUACAACAUGAUUUCAUAUGUGUUAUUUCAUAUUAUUGAUGUCUUCACUAUUAUUCUACAAUGUAGAAAAUAGUAAAAAUAAAGAAAUACCCUUGAAUGAGUAGGUGUGUCCAAACCUUUGACUGGUACUGUAUGUGUGUCCUUCAGAUGUUUUGUAGUCUGCGUUAACACUUAGCAGUAAUCGUGUAGCGUACGCUCUGUGUAACUGAUGUGAUAUUUUGUAGAUUGUGAGUGUCCUCUCCUCUCCCGCCUGUCUUGCAGCCACGUUUGGCACAGGCUCCAUGAGCAUGCCAGCCGGAUUCGGGAACGCUGCUGCCUACAACCUCCCCACCAGCUUCAGUGGGACCUUCCAACAGCCCUUCCCUGGCCAGGCCCCCUUCCCCCAGCCUCCGGCCUAUCCCCAGCAACCCAACGGUGUGUGUGGGUGUUUGCAUGGGUGUAUGUGUGCUUUGCAUGAAUUUGUGUAGUGUACCCAUUUAAUUUAAACCUUCAGUAUUCAACUCUUUCUCUGGUCCACCAGGAGGGGGGUAUUCUGCCUAUGGACAGGCCAAGGCUGUGGUGACCCCCUUUGGACAGGCGAUGGCUGCACCUGGGGUCUCUAGUAACCCCUUCUUGGUGAGUGGGACCAUCAGGUGGUUUCCACAGUCUCCAUUUGAUAAGACUUGUGUUAAUUUCACUGGUGGUGAUUUAAUGGCUCCCCUUCCUCUCUCUCUCUCUCUCUCUCUCUGUCUCUCUCUGUCUCUCUCUCUCUCUGUCUCGCUGUCUCUCUCUCUCUGUCUCGCUGUCUCUCUCUCAAUGUCUCGCUGUCUCUCUCUCUGUCUCUCUCUGUCUCUCUCUGUAUCUGUCGUCUUUCCAGGCGGGCGCCCCUUCAGGACACUACCCCUCAGGAAGCUCUUCAACUAAUCCUUUCUUAUAGCACUGCUCCACCUAAAGUCCACCACUAGGGUGAUGUCAACUGGCGUGCUCCGCUUGCACCUCUUGCACUGUUUUGUUUCACAAGACGCUUUAAAAAGACAAACAAUGUUUCUAAAACUGGUAUUUUGUAUUAAGUGACGUAACUGACACCGUCCAUGGCAACAUAAAACAAAACAAGGUAAAGGUGUGUAGAGGGAAGGGAGGGUGUUGGGGGCGUCAGGAAGCCUAGCUGUUAAGAGCGUUGGGCCAGUAAUCGAAAGGUCGCUGGUUCGAAUCCCCGAGCCGACUAGGUGAAAAAUCUGUCAAUGUGCCCUUGAGCAAGGCACUUAACCCUAAUUGCUCCUCCUGUAAGUUACUCUGGAUAAGAGGGUUUGCUAAAUGACUAAAAUGUAAAUGUGUUAAAGGGGCAGGGUCUCCUGUCAUCUUCCAUCUAACCUGUGAACUGGCCCAUCCUCAGCUGAGCCCAAUGUAUAUUCAAACUGGCUGACACUAAGUUAUUGCAAAAUAUUCCAAAUCAUUACGCUGCAAUUCUGUAAAUAUUUUUUCUUAGCGGAAAUUAGCUCUGUGCAUAUCAGUAUUUGUACCUUUAACACAAGUUUAAGGCAGAACUGUUACUUGGAAAAGCUGAGAGGACUACUGUGAGUUACUGUAUUUGUAAAGAAGAACCAAAAGUGGUUUGUACAGCGUGGUAUCAGUAGGACUAUUUUUACAGAGAAGAAGAGGAGAACAUGCGUUUCAUAAUUUGUUACAGAAGAGGGGGAGGAGUCUCUCUCCUCUUCGGUGAUUGGCCUCGAGGGCAGAGGCUCCACCUGGAAGGGGAUGGGCUCUCACCUGUCCUGCUGUCCAGGUGGUUUACAACAAUAUAGACUGAAGACCACUGAUGUUGGGUGUUAAAGAGAUUUAAGUUAAUGUGUGUGUAUAUAUAUAUUAAAAUGAAUUUUAACUAAAAAGAAUGACCAAACCAUGUCUUUGUAUUGCUGCACUGUACAUCUCCAUUUUCAUAUAUUUAAAUAUUUUUUAUAUAUAUAAAAAGAUUUCUAUCACUAUGAAGAUGUUGCAGUCUGAAUAAUGUGGAGCUGUUACUCUUGCUCAGGAGUAUAGACUGUAAAAAAUAUCAAACAGACCUGAAUGUCAUCGGUGUCUUUAAUUCAGUAGGGCACAAUGUACCCAAAAAUUGUGCAACGGAAAACAAAAAUGUGCCUACCGAACAUGACCCAGGGCCCAGUGGUCAGUUUCUUCUGCUCAGAGUCUUUGUUCAGGGCCAGUGUCACUGUCUUUCAGACUUGUAGGCUGCUCCUCUGCAGUGGUGGACUCUCGGUGGCUUUGCCGCAUUCUCAUAAUCAUGUACACACCCCUCAGAAAGAAAAUGACAGCGAUGGCUGAGAAGUAG